GAAUGCCCGUUAGUUGUGUCUGCCGAGAGCAGAGCAUCAGCCAGAGUGCGGCUGCAGGGAGAGGAGAGCACUGCGGAGGAGUGAGCGGCUGAGAAGUGAAUGAGAGAAGACAGGCAAACAAGAGGAGGCAGCGCCAGUGACCACAGGAGAGGAGAGCACAUUAGUGCAUGUUCAAACAGCUCAGAGAGCAGCAGUGGAGAGCAAAGUGAGGAGGAGAGAAAACUUACCAGGUCAGCAAGAGAGCGUGGAGAAGUAGAGCAGCUGAGACUCAACGGGGUCUCACUCCCACCGGCUCAGCAGAAAGAGAGUGAAUUUUCAAGAGGACGGAUUUCUGGAACUUUUUCCUGGGAAGACGAUGAAGAUCCUGUCAAAACAGUGAUGCUUCUGCUCGGAUCCUUCAGCACAGCUCCUUCCGGAUUAUCAAAGCUUGAAGAGAGAGUGAAGCCUGAUCGGUGCACUUGAUACUUUUGGCACAUUGGGAUCAAGCGCGUGCUCUGAAGUGAACGGCGCGUUGUUCUCGGGAGCUUUUUUUAUGUUUGUGAUUCAUAGUUUGAAGAGGGGGCGACUUGGAGGACGAGCUGCACUGUCCUGUCAUCACUGAGACUAUGUUAGACUCUGCGUCAGGGGGACUUUCAUCAGCAGCCGCAGCCCUAGAGCAUGGAGAAGUCCAGCAGUGAGGAGUCAGCCAUACACCGCAGCCCUUCCGUAGAUAGCCGAGACUCUGAUUUCCCUCAAGCGUCCACGUCUGGCUGCCCCUUUGGUGGCCGCGGCUUCACUGCCGGUGCCUUCUACGGCUCCACGGGGCCACGCAAAGACGCACAGCAGGCACAGGCUGCCCCGGCUGCUGACGCUGGCGCCGGAGACAAGAGCAACAACAAGUACACCUCUCCGAAAGGCAGCAAAUACGUGGUCUUUUACCUGGAUCUAUCCUUUGUGUUCCUCUUAGAAUUCAAGAAGUGCAACAUGGCCAGAGGCUGCCUGUGCUGUUUGAAGUAUUUGAUGUUCAUCUUUAAUCUCAUCUUCUGGCUAUGCGGCUGCGGGUUGCUCGGCGUGGGCAUCUGGCUGUCCGUGUCGCAGGGCAGUUUCGCCACCUUCUCGCCCUCAUUCCCUUCACUCUCAGCUGCCAACAUGGUCAUCGCCAUUGGUGCCAUCGUCAUGGUGACGGGCUUUCUCGGUUGCCUGGGUGCCAUCAAGGAGAACAAGUGCCUGCUUCUAAGUUUCUUCAUUGUCCUUCUGAUAAUUCUCCUGGCGGAGCUGAUAUUAGUCACCCUCUUCUUUGUGUACACAGAUAAGGUGAGUGAAAACGCCAAGAAGGACCUGAAGGACGGCUUGGCUCUCUACAACUCCGACAACAACCUCGGCCUGAGAAACGCCUGGAACAUCAUCCAAGCAGAGUGGAAGUGCUGCGGCGUGAUAGCGUACACGGACUGGCACGACGCCCUGCAAGAGAAAGUGGUUCCUGACCGCUGCUGCCAGGAACAUUACCAGAACUGUGGACGCAACUCCACCAACAUGUUCUGGAACCGGGGCUGCUUCGAGAAGGUGGAGGAGUGGCUGGACGACAACAAGCACCUGCUGGGAACGAUCGGCAUGGUCAUCUUGGUCGUGCAGCUCCUGGGCAUGGCCUUCUCCAUGACGCUUUUCCACCACAUCCACAGGACGGGGAAGAAGUACGACGCCUAACCGGAGCCCCCUCUUUCCUCGGUCCUCACUUUUUCAAGCAUCCUAACCCCAGCCUCACUCCCGAAACUUCUGUACAGAUUCCCACGUCCACUAUCUGUCCACCUUUCAUUUUGCCAAAGAGUAACACAACUGGAAAAAGACAUUUCUGUGUUCUAUUUUUAUUUUCUGGCUUGGACUAACAAUCCCCCCCUGCUGGAGCCACAGACUCUCGAGACAAUGAUUAACUAAUGCACAUGUGGAGACGCCUGUGGGACUGGAAUUAUUAUUUUUUUCUGCAUAAAUUUAAGACCCAUUUUCUCUUGUAAAUGGAAAAAAAAGCAAAACGGCAUGCUAGUUUUCUAUUUCACUGCCUCACUAUUUUUGUUUCGAAAGUAUUUUCCGACGGAAUGUAUGGCCGAUGGGUAGUUUGGAAGAAAGCAAAGGUGAGAGUUGAUUCAUAUCUAUGUUUUUCUUAUUGUGUUGAGGCGAUAUAGAGGACGGUCCGCGCAUCAUCCAUAUUCAAUGUUCACUUUGUGUAGUCUGGAUGUCUGGAACCGUAGAACAGCUUAUUUUGUGGACGGACCCUAAGGAUUUCUAAAGGCUUUUUGUCCUGGCAUGUACUUGGGUUUUUGUGCUCCAAGUACCUCAAAAGUCCCAUGACCAGAGCAGCUGACCCACGUCCAGAACAAACAAGAGGACUGGAGCAGACCCACAGCUGAGAAACGGAGCCAAGCGCCCACAGAAGCACAGAUGUCUCUCUCUGAUUUGACGGGUGCCCAAACAUAGAACAAACAAGGAUGAGGUUUUUAUUCUUAUUUUUUUUAUUAUUAUUAUUAUUAUUAUUGGAUCCAAGACGUUUUUUUUUUUUUUCAUGCUGAUAAAAACUGUUCCAGGUCGAUCAAGACCCUGGAAGAAGGUACUAAAUUGAGAACUUGUUUGGGGAGCCAGACAAAAUUAUUUUCUCAUAUUGAAAAAAUGAAUAUUGAAUAAAGUGGAGAAAACGUCAUAUUAGAAAAUCUGCAGAAAAUAAUGUAAGUCAAUUUAGGGCAGAGUUCAGCGAAUGUUAUUAGAAUAUAUACAAAAUUAAGGCUUUUUUUUUUUUUUUUUAAAUCUAAAAUGAUAAUAUUUCAGACAGUAACUACUUAUAAAUGUAGUCGUUUCUGACUGAAAUAUUUUUUUAAUAUAAAUUAGUUCAACCUGUUCUAUGGUGCCACACUAUUACUGAACAUUUCCAGUUUCACCGUUGUUUGAGUGAAUGAUGCGCGGACCGGAAAGCCUCGGUCAUAUUUUGUUUUUCGCAUCGCUUGUUUGUGCGACGACCUUCUCAGCACCUCACCUUCGCUCGCAGCCGUGUUGAAAAUGGGCUUAGAUUUAGCCAGCACUAAUGAGAGAAAGGAUCCGAACGGUCUGACUUUUGUGUGUGUAGCAUUGUGGGUGUGUGUUAUCGCAAUGUCCAGGCGGCACAUGUGAAAGAACAUCACACAAAAAAGGCGCGGAGCAUUAAGGACUCGCUGCUUGAAAUGCAGCCGUCAAUUGUGUGGAGAGGCGGCGCUCGAGAAGCUUCUAUAGUCUUGACAUCGCUCAUAUUCGUCCUGGCCUCUUUAUUCUCUCCGCCUGGCCUCCGAUCCCUUCUGCCUCCCUCUUCCAUUACUUUCUUCCCACCCGUCAGAAACCAAGAGCUUCACAUGAACUCCCCGAAACUCUCUGCUGACUGGCGUCCACGGUCCACCUAUUUUUGGACGCCUUGUUCUUUAAACACGGCAAAGGGAUGGUGGAGGGGUGGAGGCAGAUCAUCGAUGAGACACUUAAAAAUGGCAACAUGCCCUCCAUGACACGACGGUUCGAGUCAUCAACACUAAUCCACGCCGUUCAAAGCUGGUCAGAUCUUCUCCUGCCGACACACUUCAGUUCACCCUGACAUAGAGGGGCAUUAAGACUCAUGCUGGAUUUUCCCAUUAUCCCUACGACGUCAAGUGAGCACUUUUCACCGGCGCCGAUGGGUUUGUAGACGUCUCACGGUUCCCCACCACGCUGCCAAAACAACCUCAAGACUUCCCUUCAAAAAGUCAAGUUGUGACAAAACUCCUUUGGCUCCGUAUCUAUCCGAAACAAGAUUGAAGUGAGCAGUGUUUUGGCACCAGAUGUGAAUGAGUCGCACUUGAGGGAGCGAAGCGUUCCAAAUGACUAGCUCCCGCUUGCUAAUCCCGCACCUCGUACUAUUUUUAACUGAAGGAAUCUUUAAAUUAGAGACACCUUCAUGCCUUUUUGAGCUGCCGCUGAGCGCUUGGCGGCAUCGCGCUUCAUCCUGAAUGACUCGGCUUUUAAUUGGGAAUGACAUGAAAGCAGACUUGAACAAGUAUCAAUGCUCAAAGUUGUUUAUCCUGAAGAGGACACGGUUGCUCGAAGAGCGAUGUCAACGGCUGUCGCGACACUGAGAGAGUCGCCAGCGGCUGUAGUCGAAUUGAUACUCAUGCUUUUCAUGAAUGUGAAUGACAUCGCACGACAACUAAAAUCGUGUUGCCACUAUACGCUACAUCACGCUCAACGGAGCGCAGCAUCUCAUCGAGACAGAAACGUGCGAAACGUGUGCAACACUUGGUUGGAAAUUUUAAAUGGCCAUGAAGGAGCAAAUCAUAAUGAAAAUAACUAGAGCACAAGCGGGACGCACCCCUAAAUCUCACAAAAGGAGAAAUUAUCACGAUGAUUUUUCAGUUUCAUGCCGGUCCUUUAGCUGCACCCCAAUACUUUGAAAAAACACGUUUAAAUCAAGAAAAUACUGUAAAAGUAAAGGUGAGAUUAGAUGAGAUUAUUUCAACAACCAAUUCACGUUUACUGCUGAACACUUGUCCUUUUUUUCUAGCAAGAAAAGACGAUUUCUCGUCUGAAGUAUUCCUGCCACGUUUGAUAAACAGCUGUUAUUUUGGAGUUUCUGGAGGAGGAACUGUUUUACGAUUCUCCUUGUUUGUGUGCACUGGGCCUUGGCGGCAAAAUGAAUAGACGCUGAAAGAAAAAGAAAAAAGAAAAAGUGUCUCGCUCCAGUCGUGUGAUAUCUUUAGGGAACACAAACAAGACGCCUCAACUAGCAGCGAGUUAAAAGCCAAGCUGUGGACUGAGUUGUUUCGAACUGGGUUUGUUGCUCUGGGUUGCGUUCGCACUCAUCGCUGCCGCACAGACUCAAUCACAGUUUAUGACUGCAACACCUGAAGACAUCUUUUGGUUAUUAGCGCGGAGAUAAAGCAGCAACAGAUGACCCUGCCGACCGUGAUGCACCGCCUCCCGGCUCUGGGUCCCAUUUUGAUCCCGCGGGGUGAAGAUGACAGCUGCUGAUGAAGAGCGCGGGAGGCGGCCGCUCCCGUCGCUGCAGUCUCUUCUCUUACUCACUGGCCCAGAUGCGACACGGGACGUGGAGCCGUGCUCUGCAGGGGACACUGGCUGUGCUUGAAACAGAGGCUUCACGUUCAUGUAUGUUGGAGACGUGCCUCUCCAAGCGUGACGUCACACGCCUCCAACCCUUCAGGCUGACGCUGACACCGUCUCCUCCGCCUGAUCCGCCACAUCCAUCCCAGACGCCGCUCCUCCUGGAGGCAGAUUAUUUCACUGAAGACGCUUUUUUUUUUUUUUUUUUUUUUUAAUGAUUUUGUACAUUGUUCAUUUUUCUUUUCAAAAGGAACUGCAGCCUGCUUGUCUUGCCUCAUUUUCCUGACAGGAACUUCUUGUGGGAACAUGACACCAUUACGCGUGACUUCAGAGGGGAUUAGACGAUGCGAUGGCUCUUUUUUAAAUGGAAAAAAAAAAGAGUCUGCUACAGGCUGUUGAAGCAAUUAAGUUAAAACUGAUAGAGCUGAGGAAAAAAUUGGCACGGCACCAAACAACAUGCUUGUCGUCUCGCUUCUCCCUGCUAAUAACUAGUUUUAAUUAAAUUGCGACACGCCGCUAUAUUUUGUCCAACGGUUUUGUACUUGGAGAUCUGUCAUCCGCCAUGACAACAACAACAACAACAACAACAGCACUCUGGAUGUAAAUACGCCCAUCUCGCCACACGCGCUGCAUUUACUUGUAUAUUCUCACUUAUUUAUGUACCCAUCUUGGUCUUCGAUGUUCUUUUUACGCCGUGUCAAGUGAAUGUACAUUUGUGUUUUUGUUUGUUAGUUUGAACGCAACUGCAUUUUGUAUUGAGACACACAGGUCACGGUGGAGACUAAGGCUAUGUCCACCACCACUUCUCCCUUUGUUUUCAUGCCUCUCUGUUUAAGUUGGGAAGUAGCAAGAAGCUCCUCGGCUCAAGAAGAAGUAGUAUCUCCAUUGUUCAGUGUGUCAGUUUGAAAGGUGAGCGGGAAGUACACGUGGGGAUGAGCAGAGUGUGGUCAGAAAAUCACACAGUAACGUCUCAAUCUUCAUGGAGUAACAGUCCCGGUGAUCCAAAGUGAAACGCGGCUCCCGGGCAGGCUCUGAUGUGGACAUAGCCUUAGCACCCUGUUUAUUUAUUUCACUGGGUUUUGGAUGCAUUAUGUCUGUAACUGCCUCUUCAUCCGUCUCUGGUGCUACAGCUGAAAGCGUGAGCGGUGUAAAUGUGUGUCCCACCCCUGCCGACCCUCCGCCUCUUAGCCACACGGAAGAAAAGAACAUCAAAAACUCGCCUUUCUCCACACACCUGGACUGUUCUGUUCAGAUGAAGCCAGGCGCCUCACGGAAUCCCGCCGCAGCGAACGCUCAUUGGAGUCUGUGUUCGACGACUCUUUACACGCCACGUUUCAUCACGGAGAGCGGCUCUUUAACGCCGUUUGAAGGCGCUUUAUUUGAGCGUCAUUGGAGGACGGCGUUUGAUAUCAACAGCAGAUCCCUCUGAUUUUAAUGAAAGCCGAAGUGGCGCCUUGAAAACAGCAUUUACUCUCUUGAGGGACGGCUGCUGUCUUGAAGCCCCGAUAAGCUCAUGGUAAUCAGCUGCUCGGCGAGGAGAAGAAGAACAAAAAGCAAUGAUGAAAGAGGAAACCAUCCACCAAUUUGUCUCCGAUUUAAAAGCAUGAAGCAGCAAAGUAUUUUUGUACAGAGCUUUAUCCCCCCUUUUCUUUUCACCUAACUGUUAACAAGCCCAUGUGUGAUAGUGAGUGGAGUUUUUUGUGCCAUUCCAUCCUUUUGCAUCACUGUUUCUUCUAUGCAAAAAUAUAUGAAUUUUAGCCUUUGUACAGAUGAUUUUGUAACAUGUACUUAAAUAAAGUGAGAAGACUCUACAGU